AUGACGAUGACGAUGAUGACAAAUCUUCCAAACCAUAUGGUAGAGGAGAUCCUCUCUAUGAUUCCUUUCAGUGCCAUGAGAGCAGUGCGAUUAACUUGCAAAAAGUGGAACACUUUGUUCAAACGUCGUAGCUUUACAACCAUGCACAUCGGUAGACAAGAAGCAGCAGCAAAGGAAUCAGAGGAGUCUCGGAUGAUCGUGAUGAUGGAUUAUAACGUUUGUUUAACGAGCGUCGUCUUCGUCAAUGAAAACCCAUUAACGAAGCCUCUAGGUAAACUUACUUGGUCAAACAACGAACAAGUCUCUCAAGUCUUUCACUGUGAUGGUUUAGUGUUAUGCGUCUUGAAAGAUGACAAUACUAGGCUUGUGGUUUGUAAUCCGUACUUGGGGCAAACAAGAUGGAUCGAGACCAAAUGUUCUCACAACCUUGACAAGUACAAGUACGCUAUCGGGUACGAGAGUAACAAAUCUUGUCGUAGCUACAAGAUCUUGAGGUAUAAGGAUGUCUACGCCAGUUACGGUUACCUUUCAAGCUGGUAUGAAAUCUAUGACUUUGACUCUAAUUUAUGGACGACGAGUCAUAAAUGGAUUGAACCUUGUGUAAAGUUUUGUGAUCGUGGCGUGUCUCUCAAGGGAAACACUUAUUGGUCUUCUGAAAACAGAGAAGGACUGAUCAGUUACACUGUGUGUUUUGAUUUCACAAGAAAGAGAUUUGGGGGGCUUCAAGAUCUGCCCUUUAGAGCUAUGAACAACCAGCUUGUGACACUAUCUUGUGUGAGAGAUGAGAAACUUUCGGUUUUAGUUCACUCAACGGUAACAUUUGUGAUAGAUAUAUGGAUUACGGAUAACAUCGAGGAAAAAAAAGUGGCGUGGGGAAAUUCCUUGAGAGUGGAUGAUACGGUCACAAAGGUGUCGUGGAGCAAGUUCUUGAGCGUGGAUUUGGGACCACUCACUGGCUUGAGGAUUUCAGAUGGACGUUGCUUCAUUGAAGAGGAGAAGAAAGUGGCCAUGGUUUUGAGUAAAGACAGAGAAGGAAGAUCAGAUACCCUGAAGAUAUGUGGAGAGGCUGGAUACUUUAGGGAGUUGGAACUCGGAGAACCUUCAGAGAAAAGGUGUUGGCCAGUUAUGUGCUCUUACGUUCCAAGUUUAGUGCAAAUCAACCUACCUGAAGGAGGCAAAAAGAUAAUACAGAGCGAGAUUGAUUAG